UAAGAAUAUUUAACAAAGUGAAAAGAGUUUUGUGUAUUCUUUGACUACACAAUAAUCGUGCAUUAUAAUUAAAAAAUAAUCUGCAUUAAUUUUUACGUAACUUUUAUUUCUAAAUUAUCAUACAUUGUAACAUUUAAAUAACGCGCCUGAGUAAGCACAAAGAACAUUGACUCUACGAGGGACUUUAUAUUUGCUUUGUUCACAUUUCAGAAGAAAGUGCCUGAUGAGUUUUCAUGAUAAAGUAAUUUUAAGUAAAUUUGUUAAUUCUAUUUAUUAAUGUGUAUACAUGUUUAAGUCCAAAUUUCAGUAUAAUAUUCUAUUCGGUGUUUUUAUAUGAAUAAGAGUUGGCGUGCAUGAUCAAUUUUGCCAACUAUUUCCGGAAUAAUAAUCUACCGUGAGAUGACGUUUGCUAUUAUUGUCUGUAAGGUGUGUUAACGACAUCGUUAGAAACGUCGCCACAGCGUUGAAUUCUUAAAAUAUUGGUUUCCCAUGCAAUACGUUAUACCAUUUAUAAUACACGAUAGUGAGUGCUGUAAUAAAAUUUAUAUCGAUAGAAGAGUAUUACAUUGAACGCUUUAGACGUUUGGUAUCAUCCCAAACAAAAUGGGCCUAACAAUCAGCAGUGUACUUACCCGGCUCUUUGGUAAAAAGCAAAUGAGAAUAUUAAUGGUUGGCCUGGAUGCUGCUGGAAAGACUACUAUAUUAUAUAAGUUGAAACUUGGUGAAAUUGUCACAACAAUACCUACCAUUGGCUUCAAUGUAGAAACUGUUGAAUACAGGAAUAUAUGUUUCACAGUGUGGGAUGUUGGUGGUCAAGAUAAAAUUAGACCACUCUGGAGACAUUAUUUCCAAAAUACACAAGGUCUCAUUUAUGUUGUUGACAGCAAUGAUCGAGAACGUAUAGGAGAAGCAGAACGUGAAUUAGCGAAUAUGUUAAAAGAAGACGAACUGCGAGAUGCAGUCCUCUUGGUCUUUGCUAACAAGCAAGAUCUACCAAAUGCCAUGUCUGCAGCAGAACUUACAGAUAAAUUGGGACUUAACUCGUUACGUGGACGCCAUUGGUAUAUUCAAAGCACUUGUGCUACGCAAGGACAUGGACUUUAUGAAGGACUCGAUUGGUUGAGUAAUGAAUUAGCUAAAAAGUGAUAAAACACUGUCAUCAUUAAUAAUCUUCAUGAAUAAUUUAAUCAUUGAGCAUGGAUGUAGAAGACAGGAUACAGUCUCCGUUUUAUCAAAUUACGCACUAUGUGUACGAUUUAAUAUCACUGUGAUUCUAAUUUCUAAGAAGAAACUACUAUGAGCAAUAGAGGAAUUCAACUGACUCAAUGAUCAUGCAGCUUGUAUAAGUUUUGUUUUCAAAAUGAAGUUUUCCUUAAUUGGAAAAGAGAUUAUCAAUUGGAUAAAUAUGUAAAUUUUGUCGAUUACAUUUCAUUUGUAUGCUUAUAAUUCUAACUUAUAGAGUUAUAAGUUUACUUUAAAAUGUAUUAAGUUUGAAAUAAACAAGAAGUAUUUCUGCAUUGAUUUCAGUA